AUGGAUUUUAUGCCGACUGGGUAUCUUCCGGAUAGCGUGUAUAGAGAAUUAGCCUGGUAUGGUAUACUUCAAAUCCAACCACUACAUCACAGCUCGAAGCAUAAGGUUGCGGCGCAACUCAUAUGGCAACAUACACUUGGACGUCCCCACGUAAUAAUGGAAAGUCCACCACAAUCCACACAAUCUGAAGGCAAAGUAAGCCGACAAAUUUUGGCUGAAGAGGCAGCAAAAUGGUCAAGAGAGCAAAGAGCAGCUCAGGAAGUACUUAUGGAAAAUAUUAAAAGUGGCGGCAACGGUCUUACAGUCAGAACAGUUAUCAGCAACCAUCAGAAGACCAUAUAUAUUAUACAAAAUGGUAACUUUUACACAUGUCCAGAAGGAUCUGAACCAGAUUUAGACGCCUAUCGGCUGCAGGCAAAUAUGCACGAGCGAAAAUGCACUUUCGGAAAGCCUUCUAUACCAGUAGCUGUUGAUCCCUGCAUUGAGGCCGAAGUUGCACCGAUUGAAUAUUCUUUCCAUCAAGGUUGGAUGUUUUGUCUCGGAAAUGGCGAGAGGGAUAACAACUAUUUCCAAAACGGGACGUUAGACUGCGGCAAUAAAACUAAGGUAUCACUGCUUGAUUUUCUAAGCAUGUGCGCCAUCGAUCAUAAUAUCGUAAUAACCUUUGAUUACUUCGGUGACGAGCCUCGUAAAGACAUGAUGCAUAACGCCACUCUCUGCACUACGUGGGACCCUUGCCGUCUAUCUUACUUAUACCGCUUAGAGCCGCCACCACUAGAAUUAACGCCAGAGUUCCCAGAGACAACAAUUAGUCCAUGUGAAACAACGGUCUGUCCUGAAUGUAUGGAAGGUUAUACAGAGGAUCAGGGCGUACCCAUUGAAGUGUUUUCAGGAGAAGAGGAACCGUUAGGUUAA